UUAAAGUGCUGCAGACCAAAUACAUUGCAGUGUCUCUUUCAUCUCACAACGAACGUCUCAAGUGACAAAGUUUCUGAGAGUCUUACUCGUUUUGUUUUUGUUCUCUCUAAUCUCUUGGUUCGCGUUGCAGAUUAAAUGAUUUUGUAUCUUUGGUUCUCUUUUAGGGUCAAUGGAUUUUAGAGAUUUAGCUCACAAGUUCUCUCGUUGUAUUGUUACUAUUGGAAAUCUCGGGCUUCAACUGCUAUGGUACUUUCUGCGAAUAAUUCUCAGCGCAUGGUAUUUCAUAUCAGUCGUGGGUAAUUUGUUUGAAAGCUAUUUCAUCUCUUGUGGAGUAUUAAAGAAAUACAAGUCUCUUCAUUCAGGAAAGGUUCGCUACCUUGCCAUUGUCAUAGAAAGUGAAGAAGCUUAUCAGAUUUCCAGAGUUGUUAAACUUUUGCAGUGGCUGGACAUUAUUGGUGUAAAGAAUGUGUGCCUCUAUGACAUGAAUGGAGUAUUGAAGAAGUCUAAGGAAACCAUCUUCAAAGAAUUGAAGAAUGCAAAAUCCAUUGAGGAAGUUAAUGAAGUUGUCGCACUCCAUGAUCCAGAUCACAUGACUUUAGAAUUUCUUUCUUAUGCGGAUGGGAAGGAGGCAGUGGCCAAAGCAGCUAACUUGAUUUUUGUGGAGCACUUGAAACGACAUAAAUUGGGUGGAGAACUAGAUCUAAUCUUGUUAGAACCUCAAUUGAAUGAAGCAUUGCAAAUUGUUGGUAGCAAAGGUCCUGAGCCUGACCUUUUACUGGUUUAUGGACCUGUGAGGAGCCAUCUUGGUUUUCCUGCAUGGAGACUUCGUUACACAGAGAUCAUACACAUGGGAUCAUUGAACUUCUUGAGAUAUGGUUCCUUAAUGAAAGCCAUUUACAACUUCACGAAAGUGCACCAAAAUUAUGGUACGUAGAAAAGGAAUUUGGAGGUAGUUAAAUGCACAAGCACAAAGCAUAGGCGUGAAGAAUAGAAAAAUAUCUAGCUAAAUAUAUUUGUGGAAAAAGGGCUUUCUCACUAGUGGUUUUACUUACUGUAAAUGUGUCAAUCAUCAUGCAUGAGAGAUAGAAUUGCACGUCAUGACCGGGUUGUACCAACUGUUAAUUUUUUUUUUUUUAAGAUCUGGUAAUUUAAAAGGUGGAUUGAUCUGGUAAUUUAAAAGGUGGAUUUUUAUUUGAUGCCGCCACCACCACAACGGGAGAUUCGUAUGGCGGAUAAAUUCCUCCUCCCAGUUAUAUCAAAGCCAGCAGCCAGAUUUUGUCUAGACAUGAUCCUCCGUUGAAUCAAUAUUAUAAGUCAAUAUACAUUAGUAAA